CUCUGGGAACUGGACACACGGGGACGGACGGGACUGGUUUGCUUCAUGGAGUAUGAAACCAGGAGGGGCUUCACUUCAAGUAAACUUUUGGGAGGCGAUGCAAACGACUCAGGACUUCUGAUCCUUCCCUCGUCUAAAAGAAAAGUCAGUUACCAUUUUUAUUGAGUGCUUUCGGGGCCUUUCCAUGAUCUGACUGAUUCCUCUCAGCCGCCCUGUGAUGUGAGUGCCAGCUCCAUGUUACCUAAGAGGAAGCCAAGGCUCAAACCCUGCCCGAAGUCACACAGCAAGAAAUCACAAGCCGUGAUUCCAACCCAGGUCCGUCUGACCCGAGCCUGCUCUAAUGCCGUUCUGCCUGGGCUUUCCUCUGUUAUAGCAACCUGAGGCCCCGCGCCAGCGGCCGGGGUCCCAAGCGCCGGGCUGGCUGUGUCGAGACCACCCCCAGCCCUGGCCCGGCUGUGUCGAGACCACCCCCAGCCCUGGCCCGGCCCUCGCCCUUUGGAGGGAAACCUAGUCUCAAAAGCACAGCUCCCCAGCCGGGGCCAACGCCGCGCCGGCCUCUGGCUCGGACCAAUCCCCUCGGGACGGUCCACCACCAGACCAAUUAGCUCCCGUCCUCUGGGCACCUCUCACCAAACCGCCUUCUGAUUGGCUCGCUCUUCCCGUCACGGUGUUGCCCCAGCAACCAGACUAUUGGGACGCUGCGGCCUGGCCUUCAGGCCACUGGCUACCGAACUCCGGGGCUCUUCACCAGUCCAGCUCGUUUCCAGCACCAUGUCGGUGCGGACGCUACCGCUGCUCUUCUUGAACUUGGGCGGGGAGAUGCUUUACAUCCUCGACCAACGGCUGCGGGCCCAGAACAUCCCGGGAGACAAGGCCCGCAAAGAUUUUGACUGAGUGUCAAACACUAUGUGAGAUACUGUAUGGAGCCUGAUGCAGCCCUUCUGGACAUUCACUGGAGUUCUGAAUGACAUCAUCUCCACCAUGUUCAAUAGAAAGUUUAUGGAGGAAUUAUUCAAGCCUCAAGAGCUCUACUCCAAGAAGGCCCUGAGGACUGUCUAUGAGCGCCUGGCUCAUGCCUCCAUUAUGAAACUGAACCAGGCCAGCAUGGAUAAGCUCUAUGACCUGAUGACCAUGGCUUUCAAAUAUCAAGUAUUGCUGUGUCCCCGACCCAAGGAUGUGCUGCUGGUCACUUUCAAUCACUUGGAUACCAUCAGGGGAUUCAUCCGAGACUCCCCAACCAUCCUGCAGCAAGUGGAUGAGACUUUCCGGCAGCUGACAGAAAUAUAUGGUGGUCUCUCUGCAGGGGAGUUCCAGCUGAUCCGGCAGACACUCCUCAUCUUCUUCCAAGACCUGCACAUCCGAGUAUCCAUGUUUCUAAAGGACAAAGUUCAGAAUAAUAACGGUCGCUUUGUGUUGCCGGUGUCCGGGCCUGUUCCUUGGGGAACUGAAGUUCCAGGACUCAUCAGAAUGUUCAACAACAAAGGUGAAGAAGUGAAGAGGAUAGAAUUCAAGCAUGGUGGAAACUAUGUCCCUGCACCCAAAGAAGGUUCUUUUGAACUUUAUGGAGACCGAGUCCUGAAACUGGGAACUAACAUGUACAGCGUGAAUCAGCCUGUGGAAACUCAUAUGUCUGGAUCAUCAAAGAACUUAGCCUCAUGGACCCAGGAAAGCAUUGCUCCAAACCCUCUUGCUAAAGAAGAGCUGAAUUUCUUGGCCAGGCUGAUGGGAGGGAUGGAGAUUAAGAAACCCAGUGGCCCUGAGCCCGGAUUCCGGUUGAAUCUCUUUACCACCGAUGAAGAAGAGGAACAAGCAGCGCUAACCAGGCCAGAAGAGUUAUCCUAUGAAGUUAUCAACAUACAAGCCACCCAGGACCAGCAACGGAGCGAGGAGCUGGCUCGAAUCAUGGGGGAGUUUGAGAUCAUGGAGCAGCCAAGGCUGAGCACCAGCAAAGGGGACGAUUUGCUCGCCAUGAUGGAUGAGUUAUAGCUGUUCUGACCAGGCGUCCUCUGCCCCCAGGGAGAGGCUGCUGGAUGGUGACCCCUGGGGAAUGCCCCAUGGCCCAGAAUGAUGCUGCUAGUUUUCUACUGAGUGAAGCCAUUACGUCUAUUUCUUGUUUAUGUUGUAAGGAACUGUGUGAGUCUCCCUUGAGGAGCACUCACUCUUGAAGGCACACACAUACACAUAUUUUCAGUGAAAUACAUUCUGACUUUUAAACUUGA